AUGGUCGCAAGGGUGAGCAGUGAGCUGGGGGUAGGACUGGUCGCCAUCUCCGAACCCAACAGGGUUCCGGAUGACGGGCGCUGGCUGGCUUCCACGGACAGCCCGCCAUCGGCCGCCAUAACUUGGCAAUGGACACAGGCCAGGGGGGACACCGUGAUAGUAUCGUGUUACUUUCCCCCCAGUCUCAGUGAGGAGGAAUUCCUCAGGGAUUUGAGAGAACUGGAGGUAAGGUUAGCGGGUACGGUGGGUCGCCCAGUUGUCAUUGCGGGCGACUUUAACGCCCGCGCCUUCGCGUGGGACGGAGGGGGUCGAAACAGGAGGGGGGACCUCCUGUUGGAUUGGCUUGCCGCCAUGGACCUUCAGGUCAUUAAUGAGGGUGCAGAGCCGACCUGCGUACACCCCCGAGGAACCUCGAGGGUAGACCUGACGAUGGCAUCGCCCUCGACUGUCAGGAAAAUAACGGAAUGGAGGGUCGCAUCUGAGGUGGAGUCCCUAUCGGAUCACCGUUAUGUGGUUAUGAGGUUGGGGACCUCCAUCCUCGGCCCAGAGAUUGGGAGAGCGGCCCUCCGGACCUUUCCGAGAUGGGUGGCCAGCAGGGCGGACUCCGACCUGAUGGAGGCAGUGGCGGUCUUCUCAACGUGGAGCGAGAUCCCCGGAGACGCCGCCGGAGGAGCCCUACUUAUGGAUCGGACAAUGUGGGACAUAUCGGACGUCAGCAUGCCGAGGAGAGGACUCCCAAAGAGACCGAGCGCGUACUGGUGGAGCGAAGAUAUUGCGGAGCUACGCCGCGCCUGUAACGCGUGCAGAAGGAGGGUCACGCGAGCGCGGUCGCGCGCAAAUGUGCCUCCGGACGAGAUAAGGGCCCUUUGGGGCGAAUUAAGAGACAGGCGCAGGGAUCUGAGGGGUGCGAUCGCUCGAUCCAAAGCUAGCCUUUGGAAAGAGCUGGUCGAUGACCUUGACAGAGAUCCCUGGGGCACACCGUACCGCGUAGUCCUCCGGAAACUGCGCUCGGGAGACGCGUCCGUCCUGGAGGUGCUUCCCCCUGAGACUGCAGAAGAUAUAGUGGCAACGCUUUUCCCUGCGGACUCGUCCCCGCAGGGGAAGGGGGGGAAUAGCCGUCGAAUGGAGCGGCGACCUGGGGGUAACGCCGGUGGAGGUCCUGGAGGCUUGCUCCAGGGUCAAAACCGGAAAAGCCCCUGUUCCAGACAGCAUUAUGGGAGGAGUUGUCAAGAGCACGGUGAGGCAUCUGGCUCCAUUGUGGGCCAGAUGCUUCACCGAGUGUCUCAGGGGAGGGGGGGUACUUCCCACGGCAAUGGAAGAAGGUCAGGCUGGUCUUGA